CCGCGGGAGCUUCUUGCAGAAGUGACUGUUUUUGUGUUUUUGUUUUGUUUUGUUUUUUUUUGUUUUGUUUUAGAUGUGGGUGCUUUCCACUAAAGGAUGGAAGAGCCCGCCCCUAAAGCAGGCCUCCUGUCAUGGCAUUAGAAAAAUGAGCUCUCUCUCUAAAGGCUCUCGGAGGAAGGAUUUGGCUGAGGCGGGGAUGCGAUGCUAGCUAGCUAGCUAGCACACUUGGGUUGCUCAGGUGGGGUCCAGGUGAUGCAGGAGUCAGCAGGCCCCUCUCAGACCGGGGCCUGUGCGGCUGGAGCAUCCCGCUGCAGUAAGAUCCACCAUUGUGUGAGGUGCCGCCAAAAGCCUGGCAAACUUUGUCACCAGGGGCACCAGCGGGAGUGCAGGCACCUUAAGAGAGGUCCGCGUGCUUCAGAAUUGAGAAAGCAUGGCUGGAAGGAUGGCUCGUUCCCCGCAGUCUCUGAUGCAGGCUGCCGCAGGUUUACGUUUUAGUUCCGUUUCUUUGGUCUUGUAGCCUAACUUUAGGAAAGUCCUUAUUGUGAAUUGUGGAAACAAAGUCACUAUAGGAGUAGUAACAUUCAGUUACAAGCUUGAUUUUGAUCGGUUAUUGUUAAAGCUAGAACUGUCAAGAGGGGAAAAAAAAAUUGCCAAAGUUCAAAGUGUGGAUCCAGGAGCUGUAACUUUCCCAGGGUCAAACAGAGAACCAGCCGUGUUGAAAUAGCUAUCAAAAGUAUCGCCCCAAAGUGGAGAGAGUCUCCUUUCAGCCCUGGAUUAACUCACUGUGUAGCCAGGCUGAGCAGAGCCUCCAACUCCUUUGGGAAUGAGGCGAGGUUUCUGUGACAACUCAGAGGCUUUGUGGACAUAUAACCACACUGGCCAUUCUAGAUCUCCUGAUCAUACUGUCUGCCUUCCUCCUCGAAGAGCUGGAGCAUUCCUGGGAGCUACCGCAGAUAUUUUUGGUUUUGUUUUUGAAAGUUUCAGAUACUUAGUUUAAAAGGUCCUCAUUAGAAACCCAUGUACAUUCAACUAUCUUUGUUAGGAAUAUGGAUGGAUGUCCGCCCUGCACCCCCCCCCCCCCACACACACACUGCUGUUUGGUGGUGGAGGUGACAAGUAAUUCAAGUAAUGGAAUGGGGACUUGAUGUCCUGAUAUAGUGGUGUGGCCUCAUACUGGUUGAGGGUAAAAGUUUUUGGCGGAUUCGCCGUGUUGAAUCAGUGUGUCCUAAGUUCUGUUCGGAUCUUGUAUAAAGUGAAGUACGCUUCAUAUAGAAAACGUUGAUGGUGGAGACCGAUAGAAUGAACACAGUCUGGGCCGGACGGUCAUUUGGUGCAAAGCAUCCUCAGGCCUGUCCACAAAGGCAAAGUGUUACAUGACCAAGAGGAUGCUAGGUACCUAGCCUGCUGCAGCCCCUUGUUCAUUUUGUCAGCUUUUGUUUCUGGGAAUUUUCUGCAAAAGGCAUUCAGUGUGGUGGCUGGCCUGUGGUUGAAAAGUUCUGUUUCUGUGGUGGUCUGUGGUUCCUAGGACUGCCUUGGGAGCAUGGGAAAAGGGUGGAGCAGCUUCUAAUUCCAAGUAUUUCCAGGGAGGUGUGGGGUUGAGGAAGAACAGCUGUAGUAUAUUCAGAAUCUUGAAAACCACUAGGUAGAGCUCUUGCUGUACACAGCCCUGAAGUGGAUUCGGAACAUCCCUACCCCAGAUGAUUUUAUUGUCUUGGGCCUUUCUCUGGAAUUGAUAGAAUGUGUUCAUCCUGAUGUGUCAAGCCACAAACAGGCCCUUCUUCCCUCCUGAGGAGAGUUUAGUGUGGAUUGUCAGUGCUCUGUGUGUGUAAGGUAAUUUCUGCUUGGGCUAAUCCUGCCAUCCUAAAGGCCUGUAUAAGUUGUUUAGCCCACCCUCUAAUGGAGUAGAGCCUUCUCAGGUGACAUUGUAUGUGUGUGUUCAGUAGGAUAGACGGUGGGAGUCUAGUGGGCCAUGUUGUCUGGUCCUCACCCACCUCCACCUCACAUUCUUUCAGUCCCUACGUCUGCUUUCUUCAUCCUCUUCCUAAGACUUCUGAGCUGUCUUUCCCCAUACAUCAUCACCUUCUACAUGACCCCUGGGCAGGCGAGCUGCCUUUUUAAACAUUAAACUUUUCCUUCCCAGCAACCACAUUUUACUUCUGUGUGCAUGAAGGUGUCAAUUUUAGAUAUCCCAUAUAAGUGGAAUAAUACAUUGACCUUUCUGUGAUUGGCUCAUUUCACUUAAGUAAAAUUUUAUCCAUACUUUAGCUUGUGCCAGCAUUUCCAUAUUUUUAAACCUAAUAAAGUUCCAUCCUAUAUAUGCCCUUUGUUUUGUUCCACCCUUUGCUGAACCCUUGGUGCCUUUUGGCUAUUGUGAAUAAUGUGGCCAUGAACAUGAGUAUGGAUAUCUGAGGCUCUGAUACAGUCUCAGAAGUAGAUUGUUAAUUACAUUUUAAAGAACCAUUAUCCUGUUUUUCCACAGUGGCAGUGCAGUACUCCAGGUUUUCAGCUUCUCAACAUCCUGACUUUUGGGUGUUUGGUUGUUUUGUGGCAAGAGCCCAGAGCUUUGUGAACAGUAGGCGAGCACUUUAUCACUGAGCUGAACUUCUAGCACCAGUUUGCUGUGUUGUCCUUUUGUUAAUAUUGGGUAUGAGGUGGCAUUUUAUAGUUUUAAUUGCAUUUCUCUAGUGAUAGUGAUGUUGAGUAUCUUUUCCUGGGUUUAUUUGCCGUUGGUGUGUUUUCUUUGGAGAAUUUUCUUAAGUUCUUUGCCCACUUUUGAAUCUACUUUAUAUAUAUGCAUUUUAUGUAUAAAUUGUUAAAGUACUUCUGUAUCUGGCAUUAUCAUGUAAUUUUCUGCAUGUUAUCAUAAAUGUUUCCUAUUUUAAAAUUUUAAAGUUGGGCCAGAGAGAUGGCUCAGCGGGUAAAGAAAGGCGCUUGCCACCAAGCCUGAUAACCUGAGUUCAAUCCCAAAUCCCACAUGGUAGAAGAAGAGAACUGACUUCUACAAGUUGCCCUUUAACCCCCACAUUAGCUGUGGCAUUGUAUACACACAAUAAAGAAAUAAAUUUAAAUAAAAUGUAAGUGUCAAGAUUUCUUUUUCUUUUUUAAAUAUCUGAUGGUUAUGCUUAAUGAGUCAGGGCCUUUGAGCAUUUAGCUUUUGAUAUUGUCUGUGUUUUCCAUCUGAAAACUGGCUUUCCUCUGAUCUACUCAACAUGGUACUAGCUUGGUUGUCGAGGAAUCUGCUAUGGAAAGGCAACAUCUGUUGGGAGAUGGGCCCUCUGGGGCCUCUUUCUAUAGUGCACUGUUGAUGUCUCUGGGCAGCACUGGCAGUGCCCGAGGGAGGAGGACCGUCCUAGAACAAGGGUGCUCAGCCUGGAAGAGUUAAGGUCCCUCUUUUCCACUUUGUUCCUUUGCUUUCCUGGUGAUAGGGAUUGAACCUGGGACACUGCACCUGGUAAGCACAUAUUCCCACUGUGCUGUAGACAGCACCCAUCUCUCGUAGGACAAAUAACAAGGACAUUAUGUAAUCUUUGUGUGUCAGUUCGUGUCGAUGCCAGUGAUAGUCACAUAGUCUUAAAGCUUUGAUGAUGAAUUUAAUAGCUAUGACAACCCAUCUAACUGGGCCUAUCAAAACACAUUCUAAAACCUGUAAAAAUGUCUUUUGUUAGGGCCAAGGAGAUAACAGGUAAAGUGUUUGCUACCCAAGUAUGAACCAAGCUCAGAUCCCCAGGCCAACAUAAGGCCUGAUGUGGUAGCACUUGUCAAGCCCCAGCAGUCCUGUGAGGUGGAAGGCAAAGAGACAAGAGAACCCUGGAAGCUUAUGGGCCAUCUGACCUGGCAAAUGCAGCACCUGACAAAAAGUGGAAGGCCUUCUGUUGACCAGCUGCUGACUCAGUCCUCUCUCCCUGACCCUGAGGAAGUCCUUACCAUGGUUGGUACUCCCCACCAUGGCUCCCUCUUUUAUGUAGUGUAAGCAGUUCUCCAUGCAUACCUGCUGUACCCUGAUGAUGACCAAGCGAUUCCAGUGCAGGCUCCUCUGCUCAGUGUCUGAGAAGGUGCUGGGUUAGAGUGGGCGUGUCUUGUGGAGGACUCAGCUCAUCUCCACGAGUACCCACUGUACCCUGAUGAUGACCAAGUGAUUCCAGCCAGGCUCCUCUGCUCAGUGUCCGAGAAGGUAUCUGAGACUCGUCUGCAGCCUGAGAUGCCCUGCCUUGUUUCCUUCCCAAGCCAUGGAGCUGUUUUUAGCUGUUUGCUCAUCUCGGGACCUGCGGCUCUGUUCUUCCAGCUGCUCAGACACCGUCCAAUUCUGACUCAAGAUGAUCUGAUAUCUGAAGUGAACUCUCAUCAACCAUGAUGGCUACACAGACGUUAAGUAUAGACAGCUAUCAAGAUGGACAGCAAAUGCAGGUGGUAACGGAGUUAAAAACAGAGCAAGAUCCCAACUGCUCUGACCCAGAUGCAGAAGGAGUGAGUCCUCCUCCCAUCGAGUCCCAGACCCCAAUGGAUGCUGACAAGCAGGCCAUUUAUAGGCACCCGCUGUUCCCAUUACUAGCCUUGUUAUUUGAGAAAUGUGAGCAGUCCACACAGGGCUCAGAAGGCACAACGUCCGCCAGCUUCGAUGUGGACAUUGAGAACUUCGUCAGGAAGCAGGAGAAGGAUGGGAAGCCGUUCUUCUGUGAAGAUCCGGAAACUGACAACUUAAUGGUGAAAGCAAUCCAGGUCCUGCGUAUUCAUCUUCUUGAACUGGAAAAGGUUAAUGAACUCUGUAAAGAUUUCUGUAGUCGGUACAUUGCUUGUCUGAAGACAAAAAUGAACAGCGAGACGCUCUUGAGUGGCGAGCCUGGGAGCCCAUACUCCCCUGUGCAGUCCCAGCAGAUUCAAAGUGCCAUCACAGGCACUCUCAGCCCCCAGGGAAUCGUGGUGCCAGCAUCAGCUCUGCAACAAGGAAAUGUAACCAUGGCAACAGUGGCAGGUGGCACAGUGUACCAGCCUGUCACCGUCGUCACUCCACAAGGUCAAGUGGUCACACAGGCGUUGUCUCCUGGGACAAUUAGGAUCCAGAACUCCCAGCUUCAACUGCAGUUGAAUCAAGACCUCAGCAUCUUGCAUCAAGAGGAUGGCUCCUCCAAGAACAAGAGGGGCGUCCUGCCGAAGCAUGCCACCAAUGUGAUGCGGUCCUGGCUCUUUCAGCACAUAGGGCAUCCCUACCCAACAGAGGAUGAGAAAAAGCAGAUUGCUGCUCAGACAAAUCUGACACUGCUCCAAGUCAACAACUGGUUCAUCAAUGCCCGAAGACGAAUUCUCCAGCCAAUGUUGGAUUCCAGCUGUUCAGAGACUCCGAAAACAAAGAAAAAGCCUGCUCAGAACAGGCCAGUUCAGAGGUUUUGGCCGGAUUCUCUUGCAUCAGGAGUGGCACAAGCAACAUCCAGUGAGCUCGCCAUGUCAGAAGGUGCCGUUGUGACCAUCACCACACCUGUGAACAUGAACGUGGACAGCCUUCAGUCCCUGUCCUCAGACGGGGCCACCUUGGCCGUACAGCAGGUCAUGAUGGCGGGGCAGAGUGAAGAUGAGUCGGUGGACAGCACAGAAGAUGAUGGGGGCACACUGGGACCGACACACAUCAGUGGGCUGGUGCUGGAGAACAGCGACUCCCUGCAGUAGGACCGGUGCCAACAGGGCCAGCGCGGAGCUGGAGUACCUGACUCUUUAUUGUUUGCACAGCAAACAUUUUACACAGUUUUCUUUGUAAUAUGUUUUAUAUGUAGAUAUAGAAGAGUGCACUUUUGUAUUUCACAGCAAGCUUCAAGAUGUCUUCGCUGGUGCAGCAACUUCCUUCAGAUGUGCGUGCGUGGGUUUUUAAUGCUAGAGAUGUGAUGAGUGGCCCCUGCCCCUUGAGUGAGUCCCUGACGAGAUUAAGGAGCAGUACUGCCAGCUUCUAAACAAUUACGCAGUUGCAGUUGAGUUCUGUGGGCGACGGCAGGGCUGGGGCUGCUGCUUGUGUUGCCCACAGGUCUGAAAGGUGAUCCGAACUUGGGCUGCAGGGCAAGAGGACGCCGGCCCUGGUGGGCUGUGAGUGCCCACAGCACACUUCAGUUCUCUUUGGGCAGCAUUGCCUGUUUCAUUUGCUAUAUAGAAAAAGAAACUCCUAUUUUUACCUUGCUGGGAUUAUUGGAUAAAAAACUAUUUUUAUAAAUCAGUUAUUAAUUGGAUUAUGACUAUAUUGAGGAUAAAUUUCUAGAGAAGGAACAGCACAUGCUUGUCUCUCGAUUUGGAAUGUUCUGAAAGGCAGCCGCCCAUGUGUGGUCUCCUGCUCCCCUGGGGGAGGAGGUUCACCAUAACUGCUAAAAGGAAACAACCGUCAAGUGAACUUUUGAUAUCUCCAGUUUUGUGUUCAUAUGUGAUACUCAUAUUGCAUUUUACACUUGAUCUAGGCAUCUUACAGAGUGUACUCAGUAGGAUGUAUGGUAAGUAAGGGCAGCUACCAUGCAGUGCCCUUAUUGUGUCAUAGCUCUCUGCCAUGCCUAGUCCAGCCUAAUUCAAACCUGACUGCAGUUACAUGGCUGCCUGGCCAUGUUAACUGGGUGGUAAUUUUAGAUUUUUUUUUUUUAGUUAAAACAUGUUAUACAUAGAAUGUUUAUUAUAAACUAAUAUAAAAUGUGCUCUACCCCACUGGCUCAGAGCUGGGGUAAAUAUCAAACACCCAAACUGUCUUACAUAAUGGGUAGACACCUGGAAGUUAGAACCCUGGAGGUGUUUCAGUGGGCUCACUGCUGGCUCACAGGCAUAUGUGGCUCUCUUGGUGUCACACACUCUUGUUGCAUGUUGCUGCUUCCAUUUUCAGGGUCCUCCCCUUCCAGUUACCACUCACAGUUUAGGACAGUUUGGGGCCUUCAUUUCCUGGUGUCAAGACAGAGCAGACUGUAGGCUGAGGUUUGAGGUUUGCUUUUGGUUUACUUGGGAGGCUUUUUCUCUGAAAACAAGUUCCCUGCUUUGUUUGCAGCAGCUGCAUUAUCGCAGAUGGUAAGCAACCCCCCCCCCACCGCCGCCCCCAUGUCUUGAUUCCGUUCAGUCAUGGAGCAUACCUGGACAGCCAAGUAGUCAACAAAAAGAAUGGGGUCUCCUUUCAAACCAUUUAAGGAGCCUGCACUACAAAAACCAAAACAACAAAAUGUUUUAAGCAGACUUCCCAUUACUUAUUUACCUGGUGUUUGAAUGUUUUAAGUCCGGUAUACAAAAGAAUGGCCCCUGUGAGCUCCUUCAGAGGUCUGUCACUCUUCCCAAAGGAAGAUAGUCCCUGCUGGCCUGCUCAUGUCAUCCUGGUGGCUGCUCUAGCUGGGACUUGAACACCAUGAUGUAGCAUGCCCUUCCCAGUGGAAAUCAGCUUUCCUAACCCUGAACUCUCACCUGCUAAAUUCAAAGGGAUGGCAUGAAGAUCCUAAGAGAACCUGGGCAUAGUGGCACACUCCUGUAAUCCCAAUACUCAGGAACUCGAGACAGGAGGCAAGCCUGGGCUAGAUAACCUGACCCCGUCCAGAAAAAAGAUGGUAAGAGAGCUAGCUCAGAGUCAUAGCCUAUGUUUCCGUCCACCUCCCAUGCAUACUGAGAUGCUUUUAAGUAACUCCCAUGAGCAAGCCAUUCUGGUUCAUAGAAUUACUGCCCAGCGUAUUUGUUGUCUGUCAGUUGCACCUUCAAGACACCUGCUUCCUGGGCAUUUUGGCACGUGCCUGGAAUACAAGCACUUAGGAGGCUAAAACAGGAGGAUUGCUGCAAGGUUGAGACCAGUCUCUGGUGCACAGUGAAACCCUGUCUCAAAAACCCAAGCAAAACUCCUGCUCUCCUUUUCUUGGCCUGUGGAGAAAAUCUGGAAGUCCAUCUCCUUUGAGCUUUGUUUAAAUGGUCAGAUUUCAGCUUUCGUUCCUGUUAAAGUCCUUUCUAACAUUGGAGCCUUUUGAAUGUGUUCUGAGACCUACAGUCAACCUGUGUCAUUCCUGCUGUUUGGCUGCCUCGCAGAAAUCUAGACUGGCUGACCACCCAUCUGGUGGGCUCAGUUUUCUCCUUUUUGAGUCCAGAUUGUCAAGUAGAAGUGUAUAUGCAAUGUGCACUGUGGCCCUUCUGGCUAGGGCUGAUGGGCCACUGUGUAGCCUGCUGAGUGGCCUGCGCACCUGUGUGGGCUGCCCGAGGACGUGCUCCUCUCUGCCUAGCUCCCACAUGCUGGCAGGGAGUGCCCAUCCUGAAGGCUUCGCCCACAGGUAGCCAUGGAACUCGGCAGUCUGCCUUUUUUCAGUUAAGUUCGGUCUUUGAAACUGACAAUCUUUAAAAUGUGAAUACUGUAACAAUGUGUUUUCUCGGAUUGUUGUCUUUAAAAGGAUUUUUGUGAAGCAAUUGAUUUAUCAAAGAAAAAAUUAAAAACAAAAACAUGCCUUGUG